GUCAAACUUAAGAGUCCCGCCGCCAAACUCGCGGCAGCGGCAGCAACAGCUGAUCGCUCGCUUCCCCGUGGACGCGUUUCUUCCCUCCGCGUGGAAGUUUGGCCCGUUUGGGGACCGCGAAUGCCGCCGGCCGCUUUGGCUUGCUAGUUUCGCUUCCGCAGCCCCGCGCUUGCGCCAUGGCAGAGAAGUUGCAGCCGCGCGCCUUGCGGCUCUCGCCUCCCGGCUUGGGCUUAGCCGAGGGGCGCGGGGAGCGAGGGGCCGUCAGGAUGUCGGGGGACAUGGAUGAAGAAGACGAGGCCUUCCAGCUUCCGACGGGAGGCGUUGCUUGUGAGGAUGAGGACAUGGAUGAAGAAGACGAGGCCUUCCAGCUUCCGACGGGAGGCGUUGCUUGUGAGGAUGAGGACAUGGAUGAAGAAGACGAGGCCUUCCAGCUUCCGACGGGAGGGACCAGGCUGGCCUCUCUCUUUGGACAGGAUCAGACAACUACAGAAUCUGGAAAUGUGCUCUUCCAAUACAUGCCACCCAAGCAGCCUAAAAAAGGUCAACUAGCUACCGCUGCAGGUCUGCCCACCCAGAAGCAUCCUCCUGCAGCUGCUGCUGCUGCUGCUGCUGCACCCACUGCUGUGCCCGCUGCUGCUGCUGCUCCUGCGCCCACUGCAGCAGUGCAUUCAGUCUUCUUUGCUACAGUUGUUCAUGCAUAUUUGUUUACCAAUGGGAAAUAUGUGAAACAUGGCAAGUAUGGAGCAGCUGUAGUGGGCAGCAAUGCAACCAAGGAGUACAAAGUGCUUCUUUAUAUCAGCAAGCAGCAGCAGAUUGCGACCGCCAGCAUCCAUGCCUGUUUUGUAUUCACGGUGCAUCCCAACAACUACUGCACAUUUUAUGAUGAUCAGAGGCAGAUUUGGUCCAUCAUGUUUGAAUCAGAAAUGGCGGCUGUGGACUUCAGCAAGCAGCUGUGCAUUGCCAAGUAUAACAGCAGCCAAUCUCCUGACUCAGUGCUGUGCCAGGAUCUUGUUCUCGGAGAUGGCCAAGGUGUGGCGACUGGAGAUGUCCUGGAGAUCACUUUUACAGGCUGGCUGUUCCAGAACGGUAGUCUUGGGCAGGUUUUCGCCUCGAAUGUAAAUAAAGAGAAGCUGCUCCGUCUGAAGCUAGGCUCUGGCAAAGUCAUCAAGGCCUGGGAAGAUGGAAUGAUUGGCAUGAAGAGAGGAGGCAGGCGGUUCCUCCUCAUCCCGCCAGCAUUGGCUUACAGGCCUUUGGCAGAAUCUGAACGCAUUCCUCCAGACUCGACCCUGGCCUUUGAGGUGGAAGUCAAACGGGUGUGGUUUGCAAAGGGUGCUGACUCCGCCGGACAGAGCCUGGGCCCCAAGGACUCCCUCACACCUUCACCAGCACCACAAUCAGAAAGCCCCGCUACAGACCCAGCCUGGCUGACUCCUCCUACACCUGCUCCAAAGCCAGGCUAUGUGGAGCAGAGCAACCUGAUAUUUGAGCAGAGCGAUAGCUCACUCCAGAGCACCAUGGAGCACACCCAGGCAAGGGUCCUACAUGCUGAACAGGAGAAGCACAUGCCGCCACUGGAUCAGGGGUGGGACCAGGUCAGGGUCACCGAGGAGCUAGCGGAAGCCACAGCACAGAUCACCCAGCUGCAGCUGGAGCUGGCCCGUCAUCAGAAGCAGGAGAUGAAUCUCCGCUCCCAACUGAAUGAAGCCCUGGCAGAGUCGGAGAGGCAGAAAGCCCAGGUCAGCCGACUCCGUGCACAGCUGGCAGAACAUGAGAAGUUGUCUGACUUGAAACACAGAUACCAGGAGGUGAACCUGAUUGCGAUGCAGUUGGAGGAGAAGGUGGCAGGCCUGGACGUAGAGCUGGCUUAUCACCGCGUUGAAAUUGAAAAUCUGGAUAAGAAGAUCAUCAACGAGGUCUUCCAGUCCCUGCGGGGCCAGUUCAACUUAGAGGAGUCCUAUACUGGCCAGGAGGUCCUGGGUAUCGUCCUGAACGCCAUCAAGACAACAACUCUGCAGCUGCUGGAGAGUCAGGAGGAGCAAAGGGGGAGCAGCAGCACCGAGGAGGAAGGACCUGCGGAAAGGAAGCAGCCAAGUGCCGCACCCCUUUAUGGGGAUCCCCACAGCAACUCUCUCCGAGAACCAGCACCAGUGGCAUCCCCCGCUCCUUUGGCUAAUCUGAAGGAAAGCUCAAGCAGUCCUCCAUCCACCGCUCUUGAAGGAGCCCAAGACAGUCUGCUUUUUGCAGCUCCUGAGGCUCAUUCUUCGGAAGCACCGGUUGAACAAACUUGUGCAGCCUCUGCUCAAACUGCAAGGCCGCCUCUCAGGCUCUCCGCCAGUAUUGAGAAGGAGAGGCCAAGCACUCAGGGUGAAAUGGACACAAAAGACACUGCCAUUCUGGCACCUCCAAAUCCAGCGGCGGAUGAGACGGCACCUCCAAUGGAGGGGCCCACAACGGGUCCAGAGGGCAAGGAGCAGAGUGGGGCAAGUCAGCACACCGCUGGCCCCACCUCUCAAGCUGCUGUAGCCGACAAGCAGCAGGACUUGGCUGGAGCCUCACAGCCAAGACCAGCGUCCAGCCCCAUGGAAGCGGAUUCCAGGUCUGUGCCAGGGCGGGAGGGGGACGGGAACUGUACCUAUGAUGGGUCUUAUGGUACUCAGUGCCUUGUGUUCUGAUCUGGGGCUGAUCUGGAUGGAGAUGGGGUUUUUCUGUGAGCCUCCCCAGAUUGCUCAUUUGGGCUGAGGUUGUCUUGACUUGUGGUUUUUGAGGCUGCUGGCAGGAAGAGGGGUGACACACUCUAUCUCUCUCGGUAGCAAAUGUCAAUUUGGGACUUUGUCUGGCUUCAAAGAACUGACUAUUUAAUUCACCACUGCCGAACACACCUUUUGACCCAGCUGCUGCUGGGAGUAGCGAUGGGUAUCACCUUGAACAGCUCCUCUCUGUGGAAACCAAACUUAACCUAUUGCCAUAGCUCACCUCCAGUUUUGAACCUUGGCAAAACCGGAUCUUGAAAAUAAUAAUAAAGUGCAAUUAAAAUAAA